CAGUGCAGCCGAGGUUCUGAUGCGGUUCGGCUGAUGAGUUCAGAAGCAGCUUCACACGGGCCUGUAGGACAAGCGAAGCUCAGCGUCGCUUCUGUCUGUGAGGAAUAGCGAUGGAGGGAUGAUCGGCACCGGCCCGGUGUUUGAUGAUGAACCGGAGCGACGGAGCGGCGGCGGCCGAGCGGGAUUUUGUUGUGGAUGGAGAGGAAAAUGUGUGCAGAGCUGCGGGUUACAUGACAGACUGUCUGAAUGAAGACACUGAUAAAGUUCCUCUUCAAACGCACCCACUGAGAGAAUUUGAGCAGCACCUCAGUGAUCUGAAGAAGGAGAACUUCAGCCUCAAGCUGCGCAUCUACUUCCUGGAGGAGCGGAUCCAGCAGAAGUUUGAGGACAGCAGCGAUGAGAUCUACAGGACGAACAUCGAGCUGAAGGUGGAGGUGGAGAGUCUGAAACAGGAGCUGCAGGAAAAACAGCAACUACUGGAUAAAGCUCUGAGAGCAGCAGAGAGUCUGAGCAAUCACAAUGAAGAGGAGCUGCAGCAACGGUGUGAGGAGAGACAACAGGAGAUCGAUCACAUGCAGCAGGUGCUGGAGACCAAGAUACAGAUACUGCAGGAGGAGGCUCAGUUAGCGCGGGACGAGGCCGAGCGCAUGGCCAGCAUCACUGAAUCUCACUCCCAGCAUCCAUCUGUCACCAUGGAAAUGGUUGCCAAGGACACUCCAGGAGACACAAGCACAAAGCCUGAUGAAGAUGCAGACAGUGAGAGGAUCGAGCAGCUGAGAGCAGCGCUGUGCCUUAAGGAGCAGAUGAUCAGAGAGCUAACGGAGGAGAAGACGGAGCUGAGACAGAGAGUGAGACACAUGGAGGAGCAGCUGGAGCAGCUGUCUGUGUCUCUGCUGCAGAGAGAGAGAGAUGCACAGUUCUAUCAGGAGGAGUUGGGUCGUGAGAGGCUCCGUGUGCAGCAGGAGAUGCAGAGUCUGAUGGAAGAGCAGCAGCUGCAUCAGUAUGAGCACACCGCUGGACAGUGUGUGGAUGAACUACAGCAAGCGCAGAAGCAGAUCAACGAGAGCGAGACCAACAACAAGGAGCUUCUGGAGAAAGUGUGUGAGAUGGAGUCAGAGCUUCGGUCCAUCAGACAAGCUGCUCAGAACCAAGAGAGAACCAUCCAGAACCUCACAGACAGCCUGAGAACUAAAGACACAGAGACUCAGGAGCUGUGCUGUGUGAUUGAGGGCCAGAACAAAACACUGCGUAAAAUCACAGAGACCCACCAGCAGCAGCUGCAACACACACAGUCUUCACACGGCGCCGUGGACUCGGGUUCGGUUCUGGGCUCCCAGAGUUCUCUGCUCUCGUGUCAGCUGGAGUUGGAGGCGAGUCAGUGCGCUCACAGACUGACUCAAAGACGUCUGGAGGAUCUGAAGCGAGAGCGAGAACGACUGCAGAAUGACCUCCAGGAGGCGCUGCAGCACAGAGAUGUCAGUCACAAACACAACCAGGAGCUGCAUGAGAUGGUUGAGCAGCUGCGGUGUGAGCUGCAGGUCAAAGUGUGUGAGCUGAGAGAUUGUGAAGCCUUGACUCGCUCAGAAAUCACUGACCGGGACAAAAGUAUUGCACAGCUCCAGCAGAGUUUAUGCUCCAAAGACGCGCUGCUGCAGGAGUAUGCAGAGCUUGACUCGUGUGACUCCAGCAGUCGCGAGGAGAGAGACGCGCUGCUGCAGACGCUAAGGAGCCGCAUCCGAGACAGAGACGCCGCGCUGGAGCGUUCAAUCGAUGAGAAGUUCCUCUGUCUGGAGGAGAAGGACGGUGAGGUGCGUCGACUGCAGCUGGUGCUCCGUGAGAAAGAGCGAGACCUGGAGAGACUGCGCUGUGUCCUCAAUAACAACAGCGACACCAUCACGGGUUUGGAUGCUCUGGUGCGAAGUAAGGAUCUGGAUUUGGAGAGAACGCAGGAAACGUGCCAGAAACUGGAGUGGAUGAAACAGCAGAGCGAUGAGAAACACACACUCGCUGUACAGGAGAGAGACGGCAUCAUUCAGCAGCUGCGGAAGGCGCUGCGCUCACACAGCAGAGAGAGCGAGGAGCUCAGGUCAGUGCUGCUGGAAGAAGUGUCCACUGCUGACCUGCUCCAUGAUCUCCAGUCCCAUCUGACCAUGAAAGAGCAUCUGUUUCAGGAAGUGAUGUCAGACCGUAGCCGGCAGGCACAGGAACACCACAGACAGCUGACGGAGCUGCUCCACACCAUCAGCUCCAGAGAUCAGGACAUGAAGGAUUACAGGCAGCAGUCGGGCCGGGUGAUUUCCGAGCAAUCGGGUCAGUUGCAAGAGUUGCGGAGGCAACUAACAUUGCGAGAACAGGAGCUGAAUGACAUGAACAGGCAGCGAGAGAAGGACGUUUCUGCGUCCAGAGAGCUGCAGAGACUUCAGGACGUACUCAAGGAGAAAGACACUUUCCUACAGGAGUUUCUGCGGGGUCCGAGUGAGUUGAACUCCACACCAGAACCGGCACAGGCCGUGUGUAUGAGCAGCUCAGGUGAUCUGGAUGUACAAGCCAUCAGAGAUGAACUACAGCUGACCCUUAAGAAAUACAAAGAGACUGAGCGGGAGCUCUCAGAGAUGCGCUCGGUUCUGUCUGCAGGGCAUUACAACACAUCAAGCUCUGAUCAGCAGUGUGUCCUGCAGCAGCUGGUGUCGGAGCAGCAGGCGCUGAAUGAAGCUCUGAGAGCAGAGAAGAGUGUUUAUGAGAAGCUCAGAUGUGUCCAAGGUCAGGACGACAGCAGUGCUGAGAAGCCUGGAGCGCUGCACACUGAACUGCACUCGCUUCAGGUGCUGCGCCAACAGCUGGAGGAAACCCUGACGAGGGCCCGCGAGACGGCGCUGGUGCUGCACCGGGCCGUGCUGAUCCAGACCGACUAUGGAGAAUCCAGCAGUGAUGAAGAUGAAGACGAUUGUGACAGCAGCAGCAGUGAGGAGUUCCCAGACAGCAUCGAGGAAGAUGAGAUCAAACUGACGGCUCAGAGUCUGACGAGCACGCAGAGAGCUGAGGAGUUUGGCAGGAAGCUGAUGUCUCACAAUACAUCAGAGCAGAGAAACCAAGAUAAUAGUGAGACGGGCUGCUCCUCACUCGCUCGCUCCAGGAACGAUCUGAAUGAAGACGAGUCUGGAUUAGCAGCGGAUGAGGAGGAAUCUGUCAGGUGUCGAGGGUCGGAGAAGCGUGAAACAGAACGGCCAAACUCCCGUGAGUCUCAGGAAGUUUACUCUACGUUCCGAGAGCAGGAAGAGGAGGAAGAAUAUUAUGAUGAAGAUGGAGAGGAAGGGGAAGAUGUAAGGGGCCCUCAGGGCAAGCGUGGGCCCCCAAAUGUGAAGCUGCGGGAGGGGAGGUGUAAGAGGAGAUGCACCAGACCUCAUUCUCUGGACCUCGGAGCUCUGCUGUCUCACGAACCUGCAGGCCGGCACACAGUUCAGGAUGUAGGAAUGAAACGAGAGGUCGAGGGUGACAGCAGUGGUUCGAGCACAGGAGGGGGCGGAGCCAUUGGUUUCUGGCAGUAUGUGGAGGCGGGGCUUCGGGAGCAGGCGGAGCGUCUCCGUGGCGACCUCGCAGUGAGUCGUCAGGAGAGUCGUGAGCUGCAGGAGAGACUGAUGGUGUCCGAGGCAACGGUGCAGGCACAGGCCGAACAACUGAAAGACUACAGAGAGCUGCUGACUGAGAGCGCCGUGCAACAGGACAGUAAGCAGGUGCAGGUGGAUCUUCAGGAUCUGGGAUACGAGACGAGCGGCCGCAGCGAGAACGAAGCAGAGAGAGACGAUGCCAGCAGCCCCGAGUUUGAUGAGCUGGAGACGGGCGUCUCUCUCUCAGUUUCGGUAAGCAGACGCAGUGGCUGGAAUGCAGACAGCGACGGUACGCAGAACGAUGACCCGUCCUCACUGAAGCGUCUGGUGCAGGAUCUGCGCUCACAGCUCUCUUGCUGCCAAAAAGUGAUCCGCAGCCUGCAGCUGCGCAUCCGCUCUCUCUCAAACACCUCCGACUACGCCUCCAGCCUGGAGCGCACGCCACGCAAGGUGAACUGGGCGUUUCAGGUGAGCUCGGCUCACAGCGGUCCAGAUGAGGAUGAGGGCUGGCAGUCAGACGGGCCGCUGAGACCCAGCUGCGAGCUGCAAGAGCUGGUGAACCGUGUGACACUGCUGGAGAAGCAGAUCAGGAGCUCCACACGUGAGGGAAAGAGUGGCCCGGAGGACGGGAAAUGUGCCACCUGGCCCGGGAAGUACAACACACUGAUCCAGGCCCAGGCACGAGAGCUGUCACACCUGCGGCAGAAGAUGCGAGAAGGCCGGGGCAUCUGCCACAUCCUCACACAGCACUUGAGUGACACGACCAAAGCCUUCGAGGAGCUGCUCCGUGCCAAUGACAUUGAUUACUACAUGGGCCAAAGCUUCCGGGAGCAGCUUUCCCAGAGUUCCUCACUCGCUCAGAGAGUCAGCACCAAGAUCAGUGGACGUGAGUGUGAUCGUUCAGAACAGCAAGAUGAUAAAAUGGGUCACGAGUUACUAGCACUGAGGUUGAGUAAGGAGCUCCAACACAAAGAUCAAAUCAUUGAAUCUCUCCACACUCAGUUACAGCAGCGUUCGGACACGCCCUGCAGCAGCCACGCCCCCUCAGAGACAACAGACCAGUCAGACUGCGCCUCGUUUGUGUCCAACGAGAGAGGAUCUACCAAUGAGGAUGUGGACCUGUGCUCAGAUCUGGAUGCCACCAUUGAGUUUCCACAGGAGGAGCCUCUACCCAAAGACAGAGCUUUCAGUGCUCCUCGCUCACUCUCCAGCUAUCAGCUGACCAUGCAAUCAAUCGAUUACACACCUGUAUCCCAACAUGUACUGGGAAAGAGUGGAGGCCCAUCUCUGCAAACAGAUGCAAUGUGGGACAUGGAGAAUAUGAUUCAACCAAUAAGAGGUUUUGAUGGAUCAUCUUAUUAUCAGUCUGGCAACAGUCAAACAGGUGUUGAUGUGAUCGAGGAGCAUCUGAGAGAGAUCCGAUCUCUGCGUCAGAGACUGGAAGAUUCAAUCAGAACCAACGAGAGAUUGAGGCAGCAGUUAGAGGGACGUCUGGCCACAUGGGAGAGAGACACCGUGGCUCCAAACAACAUCUUUAUCCAGAGUCAUGAUGCAGUCAGUCAACUGACCAAUGAAGUCAGAGCAUUAAAGGAGGAAAAUCUGGCACUAGAGUCAAAGUUACAAGCCAGCAGAGACUGCAGUGAAGAGACAGAGCAGCUCCGGGAGGCGGUGCUUUCUGGGCGUGUCCGUCUGCAGCAGGCGGAGUUAGAGGCAGCACAAUGGAAGGAGGAGUUGAGGAGGCUGCAGACACACAACUGUGAACAAAGUCAACAAAUCCAACAACUUCGACAGGACAGACAAAACAGUCAGGAGCACAACAACAGACUGCAGCACGAGGUGACUUUACUCCAGCAGCAGUUAGCAGAGAGCAGACAGCUGCUUCACUCCCUACAGAGUGAACUACAACUGUACGACCGUGUGUGUGGUGUGAGAAAGAGCACCUCUGCAGGGUGGGUGUGUGAUAUGCGCUGCCCGGCAGUGGAGCUUGGGGAGCUGCUGGUGGAAGUUCGGGCUCUAAGGGCCCAAUUGGAGCGCAGUGUACAGGAGAACAGUGCUCUACGAGCUCAGCUACAGAAACAGCUGGAUCACUGCAUCGAUCAGCGCCCGUCGCCCAUCAUCCUGGGAAGUCCGCUGCGAGACGUGCUUUACCGCCGACAGCUUAUGCACGACCCUUCUCCUUCUCCUCCUGUCAGAGACGUGGGUCCCCUGUACUCUCCGUACUCAGAGAUGGAGGACAGCGCUGUGAACACUAAUGACUCAAUGGAGCCUCAUACGGAUCUGGAGGGAGAAGCUCCGGACGGCUCGUUUGCCAACUGUAACGGGCGGCAUGCCAUCGGUCAUGUGGAUGACUACAGUGCCCUGCAGCAGCAGGUAAUGGAGGGCCGGGCACUCGUGCAGCGGAUGGAGGCGGUGCUGCAGUCGAGUCUCAGCUCUGCCCUGCUGGAGAUUAGCGGAGGAAAGGCUCUGGAUUAUAACACAGUGAAGACACUUCUCUCCAACACCAAGACCUUGUGUCAGAUUCUGGAUGAGGCAGUGUCUCUGCUCAAGAUGUUCUGGCGGGCGGCGCUUCCGAGCAGCGACGGUCCCGCUCAUCUCAUUCAGAGGGAGCAGUUAAUGCGUGAGGAGAUCCAGUCGCUCCAUUUGCGGAUGGCUGAACAGGAGGAGGUUCUGCAGGGAACCAUCCAGCGUCUACGCUGCUCCAACCGAAGCAAAGAAAGCAUGGAGACCUUCAUUGUCAACCAGCUUUUUCACAAGUUCAUCAAACAUCCGCAGUAAGAAUAUUUCAUCAAGCACGGUGAGUAAUGGCUUCUCCUGCAAUUGUUAUUUGCACCUCUUGCCACAUGUACAGUUUAUCUAUCUCUGUCACAGAUGAGGGAUUCACAUGUGAUAAAUGCAGGGAAAUAGUUAGGCUGACAGAGAAGAUUUCAGAAUUAGAGACACGCAUCCAAACUUUAAUUGAGGACAGUAAGAAUGUUAGGGCUCUAGAUACGGCUUUGGAUGCGUCUAGCUCAGGGAUUCCUGUACAUUGUCCGGUUCUGGCAACAGAGCCCCUGAAGCAGGGCAACUGGGUGACGGUGAGGCAGCGUAGUCGUGGGUCAAAACACCGCUCUUCUGUUCCGAUCAAAACAUUAAACAGCUUCUCCCCACUCAGUGAUGCACCCACUGAGAAACCUGAUGAAAGUGCUCUAGUUAUUGGUGAUUGUAUUGUACGGAACGUGAAUAUAGAGACACCAGCCACCAUAGUCAAAUGUUUACCGGGAGUCAGAGCGCCUGACAUCUUGGCAAAUUUAAAACUGCUGGCUAAUGCUAAACGUAAAUACAGUAAGAUUGUUAUUCAUGCCGGCGCUAAUGAUGUUCGACUUCGCCAGUUGGAGAUCACUAAAAAUAACUUUAAAGAGGUGUGUGAACUUGCAAGCACGAUGUCAGACACUGUAAUAUGCUCUGGUCCCCUCCCUGCUUACCGUGGUGACGAGAUGCAUAGCAGAUUGUCAUCACUCAAUGGCUGGAUGUCUAAGUGGUGCCCACAGAAUAAUAUAGGUUUCAUAGAUUUCAAUUGGACGAGCUUUUGGGGCAGACCUGACCUGUUUAAAAGAGAUGGUCUUCAUCCCUCCUGGGGUGGCGCCACUCUUCUCUCUAGAAAUAUGGCAAAUAGUCUUAGAGUUUAUACUUGACUAACUGGGGCCCAGAUCAGGAAGCAGACAGACUGGCUAAACCGACCGUCUGCUAGCUGCCUCCCGUCACAGAGGUCAGUUAAUUCUCAGCACAUAGAGACUCUUUCACCUAGAUAUCACACUAUAGAGACUGUGUCUGUUCCCCGAACUAGAAAAUACAAAAAACAUCCAAACCAAGUUAAGGCUAACAAUUUAAUUGAGGUUCAACAAAUAAAAAACAAAUGCAAUAUGGAUAAACAAAUGAUAAAGCUUGGCUUAUUGAAUAUCAGAUCCAUUUCUACGAAAACACUUUUUGUAAAUAAUAUGAUAACUGAUCAUAAAAUAGAUGUGCUCUGUUUGACAGAAACUUGGCUAAAACCUGAUGAUUACAUUAUUUUAAAUGAGUCCACCCCCCAAGAUUACUGUUAUAAACACGAGCCGCGUCUAAAAGGCAAAGGGGGAGGAGUUGCUUCAAUUUAUAACAACGUUUUCAGGAUUUCUCAGAGGGCAGGCUUCAAGUAUAACUCGUUUGAAGUAAUGGUGCUACAUAUAACAUUAUCCAGAGAAACAAAUGUUAAUGAUAAAUCCCCUGUUAUGUUUGUACUGGCUACUGUAUACAGGCCACCAGGGCACCAUACAGACUUUAUUAAAGAGUUUGGUGAUUUUACAUCUGAGUUAGUUCUGGCUGCAGAUAAAGUUUUAAUAGUUGGUGAUUUUAAUAUCCAUGUCGAUAAUGAAAAAGAUGCAUUGGGAUCAGCAUUUAUAGACAUUCUGAACUCUAUUGGUGUUAGACAACAUGUUUCAGGACCUACUCAUUGUCGAAAUCAUACUCUAGAUUUAAUACUGUCACAUGGAAUUGAUGUUGAUAAUGUUGAAAUUAUUCAGCCAAGUGAUGAUAUCUCAGAUCAUUAUUUAGUUCUGUGCAAACUUCAUAUAGCCAAAAUUGUAAAUUCUACUUCUUGUUACAAGUAUCGAAGAACCAUCACUUCUAUCGCAAAAGACUGCUUUUUAAGUUAUCUUCCUGAUGUAUCCAAAUUCCUUAGCAUAUCCAAAACCUCAGAACAACUUGAUGAUGUAACAGAAACUAUGGACUCUCUCUUUUCUAGCACUUUAAAUACAGUUGCUCCUUUACGCUUAAGGAAGGUUAAGGAAAACAGUUUGACACCAUGGUAUAAUGAGCAUACUCGCACCCUAAAGAGAGCAGCCAGAAAAAUGGAGCGCAGCUGGAGGAAAACAAAACUAGAGGUAUUUCGUAUUGCUUGGCGGGAAAGUAGCAUAUCCUACAGAAAAGCAUUAAAAACUGCUAGAUCUGAUUACUUUUCUUCUCUUUUAGAAGUCAACAAACAUAACCCCAGGUAUUUAUUCAAUACAGUGGCUAAAUUAACGAAAAAUAAAGCCUCAACAAGUGUUGACAUUUCCCAACACCACAACAGUAAUGACUUUAUGAACUACUUUACUUCUAAAAUCGAUACUAUUAGAGAUAAAAUUGCAACCAUUCAGCCGUCAGCUACAGUAUCACAUCAGACAGUGCACUAUAGACCCCCUGAGGAACAGUUCCACUCAUUCUCUACUAUAGGAGAGGAAGAAUUGUAUAAAUUUGUUAAAUCAUCUAAACCAACAACAUGUAUGUUAGACCCUAUACCAUCUAAGCUCCUAAAAGAGGUGCUUCCAGAAGUCAUAGGUCCUCUUCUGACUAUUAUUAAUUCCUCAUUGUCAUUAGGAUAUGUCCCCAAAACCUUCAAACUGGCUGUUAUUAAGCCUCUCAUAAAAAAACACAACUUGACCCCAAAGAACUUGUUAAUUAUAGACCAUCUCAAAUCUCCCUUUUCUGUCCAAGAUACUAGAAAAGGUGGUAUCCUCACAAUUAUAUUCCUUCUUAGAGAAAAAUGGUAUAUGUGAGGAUUUCCAGUCAGGAUUUAGACCGUAUCAUAGUACUGAGACUGCUCUCCUUAGAGUUACAAAUGAUCUGCUCUUAACAACUGAUCGUGGGUGUAUCUCUCUAUUAGUUUUAUUGGAUCUUAGUGCUGCGUUUGACACAAUUGACCACAGCAUUCUUUUGCAUAGGCUUGAACACUUUGUUGGCAUCAUUGGAAGUUCAUUAGCAUGGUUUAAAUCCUACUUAUAUGACCGCCAUCAGUUCAUAGCAGUGAAUGAAGAUGUAUCGUAUCGAUCACAAGUGCAGUAUGGAGUACCUCAAGGCUCAGUACUAGGGCCGCUACUCUUCACGCUUUAUAUGUUACCCUUGGGAGAUAUCAUCAGGAAACAUGGUGUUAGCUUUCACUGUUAUGCUGAUGAUACUCAGCUCUAUAUUUCCUCGCAGCCCGGCGAAACACACCAAUUUGAAAAACUAAUGGAAUGCAUAGUAGAUAUAAAAAAUUGGAUGACGAGUAAUUUCUUACUGCUAAAUUCAGAAAAAACAGAGGUGUUAAUUAUAGGGCCUAAAAACUCUGCUUGUAAUAACCUAUAACACUGUCUAAGACUUGAUGGUUGCUUUGUCAAUUUUUCGUCAUCAGUUAGGAACCUAGGUGUGCUACUUGAUCGCAAUCUUUCCUAGCAUUCCUAACAUUUCUAGCAUUUGUAAAACUGCAUUUUUCCAUCUCAAAAAUAUAUCUAAAUUACGGCCUAUGCUCUCAAUGUCAAAUGCAGAAAUGUUAAUCCAUGCAUUUAUGACUUCAAGGUUAGACUAUUGUAAUGCUUUAUUGGGUGGUUGUUCUGCACGCUUAGUAAACAAACUACAGCUAGUCCAAAAUGCAGCAGCAAGAGUUCUUACUAGAACCAGGAAGUUUGACCAUAUUAGCCCGGUCCUGUCCACACUGCACUGGCUCCCUAUCAAACAUCGUAUAGAUUUUAAAAUAUUGCUUAUUACUUAUAAAGCCCUGAAUGGUUUAGCACCUCAGUAUUUGAAUGAGCUCCUUUUACAUUAUACUCCUCUACGUCCACUAUGUUCUCAAAACUCAGGCAAUUUGAUAAUACCUAGAAUAUCAAAAUCAACUGCGGGCUGCAGAUCCUUUUCCUAUUUGGCGCCUAAACUCUGGAAUAACCUACCUAACAUUGUGCGGGAGGCAGACACACUCUUGCAGUUUUAAUCUAGAUUAAAGACCCAUCUCUUUAACCUGGCAUACACAUAACAGGAUUUUUAGGCUGCAUUAACCGGAAACACUUCACAUAACACCCUAUGUACUUGCUACAUCAUUAGAAGAAUGGCAUCUACGCUAAUAUUUGUCUGUUUCUCUCUUGUUCCGAGGUCACCAUAGCCACCAGAUCCAGUCUGUAUGCAGAUCAGAGGGUCACUGCAGUCGCCCGGAUCCAGUACGUAUCCAGACCAGAUGGUGGAUCAGCACCUAGAAAGGACCUCUACUGCCCAGAAAGACAGCGGAGACCAGGACAACUAGAGCCCCAGAUACAGAUCCCCUGUAAAGACCUUGUCUUAGAGGACCACCAGGACAAGACCACAGGAAACAAAUGAUUCUUCUGCACAAUCUGACUUUGCUGCAGCCUGGAAUUGAUCUACUGGUUUCGUCUGGUCAGAGGAGAACUGGCCCCCCAACUGAGCCUGGUUUCUCCCAUGGUUUUUUUCUCCAUUCUGUCACAGAUGGAGUUUCGGUUCCUUGUCGCUGUUGCCUCUGGCUUGCUUAGUUGGGGUCACUUCAUCUACAGCGAUAUCAUUGACUUGAUUGCAAAUAAAUGCACAGACACUAUUUAACUGAACAGAGAUGACAUCACUGAAUUCAAUGAUGAACUACCUUAACUAUCAUUUUGCAUUAUUGAGACACUGUUUUCCAAAUGAAUGUUGUUCAGUGCUUUGACACAAUGUAUUUUGUUUAAAGCACUAUAUAAAUAAAGGUGAUUGAUUGAUUGAUAUGUAAACAAUAA